CAUGCACGCCUGAGAUGAAGCUGUAAAACGAAUUUUCCGUUCAAAUACAUUGAAAACGUAAACAAAAUCUGAAGUGUUCUUGAAAACAAAUACAAACGAAUAUUAAUUUUCGCACACACAUUUUUUGAAUGUGCAAAGCAAUACACAUUACGACAUCAAGUGAUGCUGAGAAUUUGUAACAUUGUUUCGCACAUCAACGGUGGCAAUAAUAUCCGUGAAUCGGUGUUCUAUCAAUCAGACGCUCUCUCACAAGCGUCAGUACAAUUUGAUCGUUCGUUCAGUGCAUAUCCAAAUGAAUUCUGCUGAAUUCCAUCCAUGAUAUGUACAAAAGCAAACGAAAUAAAUAACACUCUCGUGUAUUUACUUGUAUUGAACCAUUUAUAAAUAAAUGAACUGGAACGUGUUCAAACAAAACCAAAAAUAAAAAAACACACAAAUUCGGUCAAAUAAAUAUACGUGCUUGUUGAAACAAAUACCUGGAUCUAAUUGAGUCGCUAUAGUAGUUACAUUUUAAGAAGAAUAGUUGUACGUUUCGUAUUAAUAAUUCGUAGUUUGAAAUAUUCAAAAUUGAAAAAUAUAUAAUAAUCAUAUCCUUUUUGGAAGAAAAAAAUAGUUAUAAGACUGUGAAUCCCCAGUUUAGUGAUAUCUGAAAUUAGUUUGUUGGAAUAUGGUUAGGAGUAUGGAUUUUGAUAGACAUCGUCAUGGCAUUCCGGAGAAAAAGCGUCAUUCAUGUUUUGUGAGAACACUUAUCAUCCUGAAUAUAUUUUUCAUAAUUGCUAUUGCACUUUCAAUAGCUGUUAUCUAUAGAUUUGCAGCACUUAUUAAGGAAUAUAAAUCAACAAGCGUUUGUCAUGACACUGGUUGUGUGAGUGCGGCAGCGGAUGUUUUACGAUACAUGGAUGCAUCAGUUGAACCAUGCGUGGACUUCUAUGAUUUCGCCUGUGGAAAAUUUCUGAGCGAAACAACACUAACCGAUGAAAAAGUGACGAUUGAUACCUUCAAUCAGGCUCGUGAUAAAAUGCAGUCACAACUACUUCGACUUAUUGAUGCGCCCAUCGUGCCCGACGAUUUACAGUCGUUUCGAUUUAUAAAGUUAUUGUAUUCAUUGUGCAUGAAUCAAACUCAAAUUGAAGAAACUGGUUUAAAAUCAAUGAUUGAAAUACAUAAUUUGCUUGGUGGUUGGCCCGUCGUCGUGGGAGAUCAAUGGAAUCCAAAUUCAACAUGGAAUUGGGAGAAGAGCAGCAAUGAUUUAUUGAAAGCUGGCUUUGGCCAUGCUUAUUUAUUUGUUAUUUCAAUUGAUACAGACAUGCGAAACUCAUCCCGACGCCGCAUUGUGUUUGACGAGCCAACGUUAGGACUGUCUCGCGAGUUCCUACUACAAGGUACCAACGAUAGUGUUGUACAAGCGUACUACGAUUAUAUGACAGAUUUGGCCGUCAUUUUUGGUGCUGAUAGAGAAAAUGCCAAACAGGAACUUUUGGAUGUAUUGGAAUUCGAGAAAAAUCUUGCGAAUAUUUCAAUGCCAAUGGAACAAAGACGAAAUUCUAGUGAAUUAUAUAAUCCAUUGACGUUUAAAGAAAUUCAAACCAAAUAUCCAUAUUUGAACUGGGUGGAAUACAUCAAUAAUCUGUUUCCGUCCCAUAUUAAAGUUAAUGACAAUGAAACUGUUAUUUUGAAUUCACUCUCAUUUUUCAAAAAUUUUGGAACCCUUCUUGAAACGACACCAAAUCGAACGAUUGCAAACUAUCUGUUUUGGCGCCUCACCGAAUAUUCAGCAUAUUAUUUGAAUAGUGAAAUUAGAAAGCGACAAUUGCUCUAUAACACGGUGACAAUUGGAAAAAAAGAGCUCAGUGCUCGCUGGAAGGAAUGCAUUUCAUUGACGAAUAAUAAGCUUUCAACUGCGGUCGGCGCACUUUAUAUUCGCGAAUAUUUUCAUCCAGUAGCCAAAGAAACGGCUGCAAGCAUGGUCGAACAAAUCCGUAAGGAAUUUAAAGAUGUACUCAAGAAAAACGAAUGGAUGGACGCCAAAACAAAACUAGCGGCAAACAACAAAGUAGAUGCAAUCGUCACUCACAUAGGAUACCCCGAUGAGCUAUAUGAUGACAAAAAAUUGGAAGAAUACCAUAAAACGAUCGAAAUUAAUUCAACAAAUUAUCUAGCAUCAAUUUUGAAUAUCAACAAAUUUUAUAUGAACUAUGAGUUGGAUUCACUGCGAAAAGUUGUAAACAAAACGGAUUGGAUUUCACACUCAUCUCCAACAUUCAUAAAUGCUUUCUAUUCAUUCGAAGAAAACUCAAUAGAGCUCCCAGCGGGAAUAUUGGGUGGCAUGUUCUUUGCGUCGGAUCGACCAUUGUAUAUGAACUUUGGUGGCAUUGGCUUCAUUAUUGGCCACGAACUAACACACGGUUUCGAUGACGAGGGUCGACAGUAUGAUCAACACGGAGACCUAUUGAACUGGUGGGACAAUGCAACAGAAGUUCAUUUUCUGCAGCGCGCACAAUGCAUGAUCGAACAGUAUAGCAAUUUCACAGAGCCACUCACAAAUUUAAGCAUCAAUGGCAUUAAUACACAAGGCGAAAACAUAGCGGAUAAUGGUGGUCUGAAGUUUGCAUAUAAUGCUUAUAAAAAGUGGAUAAAAAAGAAUGGCAGCGAAAGAAGAUUACCAGGGCUACAACAAUAUACACCUGAGCAAAUGUUUUGGAUAGCAAGUGCACAAACGUGGUGCUCCAUUGAUCGCACAGAAUACAUGCGAUUGCGAAUUUUAAACGGGGUGCAUGCACCCGACAAGUACAGAGUCAUUGGAUCGAUUAGUAAUUCGGAUGAAUUUUCACAGGAUUUUCAGUGCAAACCGGGCCAACCGAUGAAUCCAGUUAAAAAAUGUACAGUUUGGUGAUUAGAUAUGAAGACUUACCACAUUGAUACGAUAUUGAAUAAAAUUAAAUAAGUUAUAACACAUAA